UUUGGUCUUUCUACCUUGUGUGGGAAACGCAAGAUGGUGGGAAAGCUCUAUGGUGGCCAAGACGCGGCGCCUGCCCAGUGGCCAUGGCAGGCCAGCCUGUUCUACCACAACGUGCAUCUCUGUGGAGCGGUCCUCAUCGAUAGGCACUGGCUGCUUUCUGCUGCCCACUGUUUCCUGAACAAAUCACAGAUCCCCACGGACUAUAAGAUUCUGUUGGGAAACACCCAGCUGUAUCAGCCAAGCCAGCACACCCAGGAGAUACCUGUAAGCAGGAUUUUCAUGCACCCAGACUUUGAGAAGUUCCAUUCCUUCGGAAGUGACAUUGUCAUGGUGCAGCUGCACCUGCCUGUGAACUUCACAUCCUCCAUUGUUCCUGUCUGCCUCCCAUUCCCAGAAGUGCAGCUGUCCAGUCUCAAAUCCUGUUGGAUUACUGGCUGGGGAAUGCUCACCAAGAAGAUGCAUCUUUCACCACCAUUCAAUCUCCAGGAGAGUGAGGUGGGCAUCAUUGAGAACACGUUCUGUAACUUCUUAUAUGGGCAGAGAAUCGACUCAAACAAAUAUGGUGUCCAUGAAGAGAUGCUUUGUGUGGGGAACUUCUCGAAAGCCAAGUCCAUCUGCAAUGGUGAUUCUGGGAGUCCUCUUGUUUGCUACCUUACCAAUGCCUGGGUACUGGUUGGAUUGGCCAGCUGGGGCUUGGACUGCCAGCACCCCAUCUAUCCCAGCGUCUUCACCAGAGUCUCCUACUUCAUCGACUGGAUUAAUGGAAUCAAAAGGCUCACUCAUUCACCAGAACUUACAUCUACUCUGUCUUACACCAGCUCAUCUUUACCUGUGAGGGCAGCUGAUUCGUCUGGACCUCACACAGCCUUCAGGCCUGCACGUACCUGGCAUCUGCUGCCAUUCAUCCUCCAGAGAGCCCUGAACUGACCUUGUAGCAUUCAACACCUUUCAUCCUAUGUAUCAGUGUCCAUGUUUGAAAUUACCUAUUUCUGUAAAUGGUUACUUGUGAUUGGCCUUUCUGCACACCCUGACUAGACUUGGUAGGAUCAGACCCAAUAAAACAGCUGUCCUGCUCUUGUUCUGGACACUCCCGCUCCUCAACAUCUUCCUUU